AUGGAUGAGAAGUACGACAUUAUUGUGCUUGGUACUGGUUUAAAGGAAUGUAUACUCAGUGGUUUGAUGUCCGUUGAAGGAAAAAAGGUCUUGCACAUGGAUAGGAACAACUAUUAUGGUGCAGACACUACGUCAGUUACACCACUCGAAGCACUUUUCCAAAGGUUCAAUGUAAAUGCAGGUCUUCAAGCAUUUGGCCGAGGAAAGGACUGGAACGUCGACUUGAUUCCAAAGUUCUUAAUGGCUGAUGGAAAAUUAGUAAAAUUACUUGUUCAUACUGGUGUUACUAGGUAUCUUGAGUUUAAAAGUAUUGAGGAGAGCUAUGUAUUCGACAAAAAUGCGAUUCAUAAGGUUCCAAGUAGCUCAAGCGAAGCUUUUUCAACAAGCUUGGUUUCCUUAUUUGAGAAAAUGAGACUCAAGAGUUUCCUGCAAUGGGUUUUGGAUGUCGAUCCUGAUAAACCCGCAACUUGGACUACUGUAUAUCCUCCACCCAAAAGUGUAAAAAAGGAUUCUAUUGAUGUGGCCUUUUCACACUUCGGUGUUAAUGAGACUACUAAGACUCUCGUCGGUCACGCUAUUUGUCUGUAUACAGACGAUUCUUACAGACAAAAAGCACCAGCUAUCGAAGUCAUCUCCAAAAUGCAGCUUUAUUAUCGUUCGGUCAAUCGGUUUGGCAAAUCUCCAUAUCUUUAUCCUCUUUACGGUUUAGGGGAAUUGCCCCAAUCUUUUGCUCGACUUAGCGCGGUAUAUGGAGGUACAUAUAUGCUUGAAAAACCAGUGGAUGAAAUUGUGAUUGAGGAUGGUAAAGUUGUUGGGGUGAAGUCUGAUGGUGAAACCGCACGUUGUGAAAAAGUAAUAUGUGAUCCUAGCUAUGCUCCAAAUCGCGUCCGAAAGUGUGGUCAGGUUGUUCGUGCCAUAUGUAUUUUAAACCAUCCCAUUCCAAAUAUCAAGAAUGCUCUUUCAUCACAAAUAAUCAUUCCUCAAAACCAAGUUGGUCGACGUCAUGAUAUAUAUGUUUCGUGUGUCUCUCAUCCACAUUACGUAUGCCCAGAAAAAUUCUUUGUUGUCUUAGUGGCAACAACUGUAGAAACAUCAAAUCCACACCAAGAACUUCAACCUGGUUUACAAUUACUUGGACGUAUUGAACAUAUUUUCUAUUCGGUAGCAGAUUUAUUCGAACCUGUAGAUGAUGGUAGAUCAAGUAAUAUAUAUAUUUCAAAGAGUUACGAUGCAUCAACUCACUUCGAAAGUACAUGUACUGAUGUGUUGGAAAUGUACGAACGAAUAACUGGAAGUCCAUUUGACUUCAGUAAAGUUACAAGAAAUUUGGAAGAUGAUUCAUAACAAUUAUAUUGUCACCAUAAAUUAAUCUCCCACUAAAUAAAUGGAAACAAUUGCAACAAUAAUAAUCCCAAUAAUUAUUACCUUCGUUAUUUAAAACUUAUUGACAUUAUUGGUCUACUACUUUGUUUUCUUUUUUUUCUUAAUUCACUCUGUUGUUCAUUCCAACCAUUGCUACUAACAUUACUGUGUGCGAACGACCUCAUACUGUUACACAACAGUGACAUGUUUUUGUUUAUGUUCACUUUCUAUUAUGUUCUACCAUUGAUUCAUUAUUUUUUAACCAUUAUUCAAAUAUU